ACCAAAAGAAAGAAGCCAUAAUAAUAACAGAGAGAGAAUAUGUUCAUUCCAAGCAAAGCUUAAAGGCUUUAAAGCUGAGAAAGUCCACUACUGCUAUAUUCUUAUAGAUUUCAAGAAGCCAUAUUUGUUGUUGGCUCUCUCUGCUUUUUCGUCUUCUGCUUUGGAGAAUCUAUACUCUUCGUCUUCAGGACAAGUUUCUUUUCUUCUACUGUUUCUUUUGUGUCUCUUUCAUCUUGAAAUAUUCAAAGUUAAGAUCAAUUACGGAGGAAGGAUUCAUCCAAGUAAUAUUGUGAAAAUCGAAUUUAACAGCAUGGUUGGUAUUUUCUCAAGAUUUUCCGUUGUUAGAGGCAGCCAUAGAAGAACACAGAGUGCCAUCGAUGGUAGGGAAACAUUGCCUCCAAGAUCUGAUCUUGUUGCUUCAACUAACACCUCAAACGUCUCAACUCAUGGGAUCGAAGUAGAAACAGAGUUUAAACCGGUCGAUCACCCAAUGGAGCCCUUAGACAAUGAUCAACCAAUCCAGUGUCCACUCCCCGAGCCGUCCAUUCUCAAUGACGGGAGACUCUGGAAAGAGAGAGUGACGGCUUCUUCGAUGAGGAGACGAGGUGAUUUGGCGAUCGUGCAAGAUGGGAUGGAUGAAGAAUCUGAUGUUUCUGUGACAAUUCCAUCACGGACUAGCCUAUGCAAUACUAACCGUCUGAUCUUGCCUUCGCUCAGUGCGCCCGAACACGACUUGCUUAAUCUACUAGAAGAUUGCAAAGUAUCCGGUAGUAUCUAAGAACCAGGGCUGGGCUAGACUCUUUUUACAUUUUAUGUGUAAGAACAAAAUCAUAUCAUAGUGAAUGUCACAUACUUAACUUUUCCAUUUCAUGUUUUUGUGGAUCAUUGAAGAUACUUUAUGUAGCCAAUGCUUUCGUAAGUAAUUCAGACCGUUUAAAUUUCAUCAA